GAAUGGGCCCCUUGCUGGCAGUGAAACCCUUCCAUCAUUUACGCGUUUAGUGGGAGCGAGAAGACGGCGAAGUGGGGGAGCGGCCGAGACGACGAGCCGAUUCCACUCCUUCAGCACCAUCAAUCGGGCGCCGGAGCUGAGAGAUGAAGCGGCGGGCCACCAUGGACCCCCACCAGGAGCAGCCGGCGGAAACCUACAAGAUCCAUGUGAAGAAGCUGAAAACAGUUGCCAUUGAUGUGAGCUGCACCGAUACAGUUGAUCAUAUUAAAUCUAAAGUUAGUGCCAUUGAGGGGAUUGACAAAUGCUCGCAAGAGCUAUUCUUUUCUGGGAUUCACUUGAAGAAUGAUGACAAGCUUGCUGAUUACAACAUCAUGGCAAACUCUUCUGUCGACCUUUUCGUCACAGACGGGAUGCAAAUUACUGUCAAGAUUCCCUCGGUUGGGAAGACCAUCAAUCUCAAUGUCAGGAAAUCCAAAAAGGUGGCUGAUGUCAAAGCAGAGAUUGAACAAAAAGUGGGAAUUCUAAUGAACAACCAAAUCCUGAUGUAUGCAGGUCGACAGCUUGAGGACAAUCAGCUGUUAAGUCAGUGCGACUUGAGGAAUGAGCAGCCACUUCAUGUUUUGGUUAGCCCGGUUGACAAGCUGCGCAUUUUUGUCAAUGUUAGAGGUGAAAGAACUGUUAGUGUAAAUGUGAAAUGCUGGUAUACUGUUGCUGAUGUCAAGUUGAUGAUUGAGACAUCGGAGGGUUUACCAGCAUCAACACAUGUACUCAUGCGAACUCAAUCCGGUGUUGAGGUGGUACUUGCAGAAUGUCAAACCCUGCAGGAUCAGAGUGUCAAAAACAAUGACAUUCUCGUGUUGCAGCAGAAAGUCCAGGUCUUCCUCAAGACAUGGGAGGGGAAGAGCUUAACAAUGUCUCUGCCACUGUCCAACACAACAGAGGAAGUCAUGAAGAAGAUUGGAUACAGGCUGACGAUGAAGGAAGGCAUGUACUAUCUCUGCUACAGGGGCCACAUUCUGUCUUCUGGAGAUACGCUUGAGAAGCAUGACGUCCAGAACAACUCCACCAUUGAUAUCCGCCUUCGGAACUCCAGAGUGGUGGAACCAAAGCUAAAGAAUGGCAAGGAUGCUCCUCGUAACUUCAUUUAGGCUAAGAGACAGAAGUAGGUUGCGUAUUUUGUCAAGAAGGGAUAGUAUUUAAGUGGAGGUCUCUGACCUCUGGUUGGCCUGUGAAUUGUGCUGCCUACUUAUAUUAGUAUAAUACCUUUGUAGCCCGAGUGGCACGUUUAGCA